UUGAGCCUAAGCCGCAUUGGCCUGCUCAGGCGGAUUCUGUGCAACCUGACCUUCGCACUUCGGCCUCUGUACAAAGCAGCCCUGCGGAAACAGAUUCCUUGGCAACAGGAUGCACUUGGGCAAGAAAUCGCACCAGAAUCCAUCGACGCCUACGAUGCCUUGAAACAUGUGAGCGACAACGUGGCCCACUAUGCACGAGCUCUGGGUCAGAGCGCUGACUUCUUGCUCUCUGCUGUGAAGCACCUCCUCGGCGCUCGGAGCAAGCUGCUGGUGCACGAAGCUCUGGGCGGCGUGGACAGACCCUUCAUAUUGGAGUCUUUCAAGUUUGCGCAUCGGCUCACAGCAUCCUCGCAUGUGGUUUUCGCGCAGGAGAACUUGGAUCGCUUGCAGAAGCAGUUUGAGGACCAUCGCAAUUCAAAGGAGGAGCGAAAGAAGAAGGCCCCUCGCGGGGAUCGUGGGCUUUCCAUUGCCGACAUCAACAGCCACGACAGGGAACCGGAGCGCGAAGCCGCGCUUCCGGGUUACAGGCCCAAGGUCGAGGUCCUCCUAGAGCUGGUGGCCUCCUACAGAGCGAGGAACCAGGCGCAGAUGUGCCGUGACCUCCAGGUGGCCAUGCGUUGCCUCGUUGAUCAUGCUGACUCUCUGAGUCACCUCAUCCAGUCGAUCGCGAAGACACGAGAGGAGUACGAGAUAGAGUAUGCGAAAGACCAGCUGGACACUGCGAAGAAGUUUGAGCAGAAAAUCCAGGAGUUCGAGGCCCAACUGCAGGACUUCCGAGCCUCCUCCACUCGCGGCUACCUCCACCUUCGCACGGAAGGCCGUGCGGCUAAGAAGGACGGCGUGGAAUCGAUCCUCCAGCGGUUGUUGGCCAAACUUCUCCGCGAUGGCUUCGGGGCGACUACGUUCGAAGAGGCCGGCUUCACCCGGGACCUCGUGGCGCUGCGCUGGGGUCCGAGCCGGACCGGGGAUUCGCAGCCGUCAAGUCCGCCCCACGGGCGCGUGAAAGGUUCCAAGGCCAGGGCGGCGCCGAACUCUGGCACCGAUACUUGGGAGCUGCGGCAUCUUCUGGAGCUGAGAGCUGAGGGGUACAGCCUGCCAGAGCUCAACUGCGGCUUUACUAUUGCCGAGCUGAAAGCUGCGGGCGUUUCCGCCGCCGAAUUUGUGGCGGCCUCUUGGUGCAGGGCCUUUCGGAUGUAG